CUGAAACUAAAACUCUAAAACUAGACAGUGAAACGGAGCGAAUCGAAAAUGUCUACUGCAGGAGGAAUGGAUUGCCCUGUCUGUGGGAUUCUUUUUAGCGCGGACACUAUUUCUGACCAUGUUAAUGCCUGUCUCGAAGGUGACUUUAGUUCUACAAGCACGAGUAAGCCUAAAGAGACUCGAAAAAGAAGAAAACAAGCGGACUGGGAUUUCUUAACCGGUAACGGCGUUAACAGCAGCAAGACUGGCAAAAAGAGAAGCACUUCAUCUGCUUCUCCAAGCGCGCAGUCAGCGAAAAAAGGGAAGGCGACAAGUGGUGCCAAUCGGUUAGGCGACAGGUUAAAACGGAGGUCUAAAUCUUCUUCAAAUGAUGAAGACUUUAAAUUUGAAGAAGAAACAAGUGAUGUUGAAUUUGUUUCUGAAGAAACAGGGUGUUGUAAUACUAAUAAUAGUAACGCAUCUGCCCAGAAAGACAUAAAUCAGCAAGCUAAUGGUAAAAAAUUCCCAGACUUUCAAACUAGUAGACCUAGUAGUAGUAAAUCAAAUAGUACAAGUGACAGGGAAACUAUGACUAUUUCUGAAGCAUCAGUCACGAAAAAUAAUUAUAAGGGACCCACCUUUCUUGAUAGAAUGAGAAAUUCCAACACUGCAACAACUCCAGCAAGAAAAAACAAGAUGCAGAGCAAUGCUCCUCUGGCUGAAAGGGUGCGACCAAAUGAUUUGGCUGACUUCAUUGGACAAAAAACAGCUGUUGGAAAGAAAACGUUGCUUCACUCGCUUCUUGCUCAUGGAGAUAAGGUUCCCUCUAUGAUUCUGUGGGGGCCACCGGGCUGUGGAAAGACAACCCUUGCAAAGAUCAUUGCCCACAAAUGUAAAGAGCUUGGGACUGCCAAGUUUGUCAUCAUGUCUGCCACAUCUGCCUCCGUCAAUGAUGUGAAAGAGGCUGUCAAAAUUGCAAAAAAUGACUUUAAAAUGUUACGUAAGAAGACCAUAUUGUUUUUGGACGAAAUACACAGAUUCAAUAAACUACAACAGGACGUUCUGCUUCCCCACGUUGAAGAUGGCACCCUGACCCUGAUUGGUGCCACAACAGAGACCCCAUCGUUUCAAGUUAACAGCGCGUUGCUAAGCCGCUGCCGAGUCAUUACUUUGGGGAAGCUUGAGAUAGAGGAUGUCAAAGCUAUCUUGAUGAGGGCUUUGACACAGCUGGAGGUGUCUGUCUUGGAUGAGGAGAAUGACAUGACAGACAACGGAAGUACUGAUGUCAGAUGUCGUUGCGUUAUUGAAGCUGAUGCCGUAGAAGUUCUUGCCGGUCUUGUGGAUGGAGAUGCCCGAGCGGCUCUCAAUGGUUUGCAAAUGGCCGUGGAAUCACGGCUGGCUGAAACAGAAGAAGAUGCGACAGAUGAGCAGGAGGAGGAGGAGGAGGAGGUCAAGAAAAGCAACAAUGUGGUCUGUAUCACAGUGGAGGAUGUGAAGGAAGGAUUACAGAAAUCUCAUAUCCUUUAUGACAAAACAGGUGAGGAACACUACAACAUUUCCUCAGCAUUCAUCAAGUCCAUGAGAGGUUCAGACGCUAAUGCUGCCCUCUACUGGCUCUCAAGGAUGCUGGAAGGAGGAGAGAACCCAAUGUUUGUGGCUCGGCGACUGGUGGUCUUUGCGAGUGAAGAUGUUGGGCUGGCUGACGCGCAGGCUCUGGUGCAAGCUGUGUCCACCAUGCAGGCGUGCCACUUCAUUGGGAUGCCAGAGUGUGCUGUGAACCUGGCGCAGUGUGUGGUGUACAUGUCGCGGGCGCCCAAGUCGGUGGAGGUGUAUACAGCGCUCGCCGCAGCACGUCAGUGUGUGAGGGGCCAGGUGGGAGCUCUCCCCAGCGUGCCGCUACACCUGAGAAACGCCUCCAACAAGUUCCUGAAAAGCCAAGGUUAUGGCAAAGGGUACAAGUACCCUCCAGCAUUUCCAGGUAAGUCCGUGGAGCAGGACUAUCUCCCAUCGUCCCUGCUAGGUACAGAUUUCUUUGUGCCCGGCAACCCUUUCUCGAAGACUUGAGGAUUGCAGUCAGAGUCAGGAUUUUCAUGUUUGGUGUGUUCAAGAAUUGUGAUGACUGACUGCGGGGAUGAAGAUUUUAUUGGCAGCUGUUUGAAUAAUAUGUAUGUGUGUGUGUGUGUGAGAGAGAGAGAGAGAGAGAGAGAGAAAGACAGAGGUAGUGAGAGAGAGAGAUAGUCAAAAUGAUACAUCAAACAUAAUGUCAGCAAGCAUUUAAAAUGUCGGGACUAUCUCCCACCAUCCCUGCUAGGUACAGAUUUCUUUGUACCAGGCAACCUUUUUUCGAAGACUUGAGGAUUGCAGUCAGAAAGCAAAAUUUUUCCGAAGAGGGAGAAAAACUGUUUCAUUCUUUGAAUAGUAAAACCUAAAUUAUGUAUUUUUGUCUUGCUUUUUUCACCAUUUGGAAUUUGAAUUUUGACAAAAUAUUUCUUCAGUACAUGCAACAGAGUAUCCUUAAGUAAGAAAUUGUAAUUUUUUUAAAAAUUCAGAAUUUUGAACUUGGUAUAAAAAGUAGUUGUGUGGUGUGUUUGUUGGUGUGCAUGACCUGGUAUGUUUCUUUCAUAUUUUUAUAAUACCAUUUCCAGUGGUAAUGUAUUCAGAAAGUGGUAUUAUGCUUUCAUUGAUUUACACACUUGACCAACGACUGUGCUGAAGCAGCUAAGCGCUUCUCCUUAGCAUGCAAGAGACUGUAGUUUGAUUCCAGUGUGGGAAGAAUUUUUUUAUUGAGUAUCUGUCUUUCUGCUGAGAUGUUGUAUCCUUCUCAGCCCAGAUUGUGCCUGAAAGGUAGUGUUGAAGUUGAAGCCUGCCUCCUAAAUGAUUUAAAUUGUGUUUUUGGGGGCUUAAAAACACUUAGACUACACUUUUUGUUAAAAUCUCUUGACAAUGAAGAGGGGAAAAAGGUAUACAUAAAUACUUUUGCUUUAUUACAGUUGUUACUUUGAUAUUACUUAUUAUUGUUUGUUGCUUGAAGGUUCUAUGGAAUGAAUCACUUUUACCUUUUGUUUUAUGUGAAUAUGUUUGCCUGUGGGACACGCCAUAACUUUUUCUUAACAAAAACAGUCUCUGUGCUACAAGUAUAUUCUUCAACUUAAAUGUUGAAAACAUUUUCAAUUGAAUGUAAGAACUGAAACUCUAAGGGAAGGCGCGGGUCUUCAAAAUACGAUGUUUGGGUCAAAAUAUCGAUUUUCAACUUUUUACAUUUUCGGGUACCUGAAUAUGUUAGGAACCGAUACCCCCUGACUUCCAUUAGAAAAUAUUUUUAAAAAAUCGUUUUAGGGUCAUUUCCUUUAGGGUACCUUCCUCAAAGUAGGACCCAUUUUUUUCAUCAAAUGAGCCCUAAAUGAGCCCAUAAUUAGAUGGUGAUGACAACAACGUGUCUCCGCGUGACCCUAACAUGUUUAAUAUCGUUGUAACCGCAAGCUUCUCCUCUUCCAAACCGUAAAACAAUCUUGACUGAUGUGUUUCUGGCAGUUUAGUAAUGAAGCAGGACAUACGAUGCCCCAUUUUGUAAAUCUUAGUUUGUUUUGAAUAAAAAUGAAUCCCCGGUACUAAAAAUUGUGACCAUGACGUCACUAUUCAGUCAGAGAUUGCCGCGCGGUAAGGAAUCUUCAACAGUUUUUUAAAAAGAUAUCGCUACUAUUUUCUUUCGAUUACAAAAGCCUGUUGGACUGUUUUCACCAACGGAACCACCAAAUUUGCUUUUGUGUUUUGGGAAACUUUAUCGUGUUUCUCACUUAUCUUUAUUUUAGUGCACCCUUGUCUUUUUGUAUGUUCAUUCAAUACUCUCCAAGAAGUUGUGUUCAGUUUAGUAUACAUUUCAGCUUGUUUUUUUCCCGUGGUUUGCCCGUGCAUUUACUUUGAUGUGUGUGUGGUGGAGGUUUUUUUGGUUUUUGUUUGUUUGUUUGUCGUUUUUUUGUGAGGGGGGAUAGAUGUUGGUAAUGCAGGUGUUUUUACACGUCUAUUGACACAAUUUAGAUCCUUUAGGAGGCUGGCUUUCGACCCUGCCUGUCACUGUCAGAGCUAACCCGGACUAAGAUGGAUCACAUCCCAGCAGAAAGACCCAGCUACUCAAAAGAAAGUCUCAAUGCUCAGGAACCGAGAUCGAACUCAAGUCUCCCGAGUGUGACAGUGAAGCGCCUCAUCGCUUCACCACAGAUAUUGAUUGUUUGUUUUUUGUUAGGGGUAUGGGAUAAAAAAA